ACUGAGGGUCGCCCUAGUGGACUCCUUUCCGGCUUUGUCAACGUUGGUGGGCAAAGCGGAAGUGGAGGGCUGUACUUGAGACACCAGGGAGGCCUUCGCUCUUUUGGCAUCUUGGCUCUCUGCGUCCGGCGCCUUCCUCUUGGUGGACUGAGGCACUGCGCUGGCGGACUGAGGAACUGCGCUGGCGGACGGUCCCUGGGCGGCUUCCUUCACGCCUUUCAGCUCGGCCACUUUCUCUCGGUGCUGCUUUCCCAGGACGUGAGUCUGCCACAGGAGCUCGCUCUUAACCGCGGUGUUACACAGGGCACAACUCAGCUGACCCAAGCGGUUGUACUUCGCGAAUGGAGAUUCUAUCCGUUUGCGGUUGGUGCUCAGACGCUGCUUCUCCUUCAUCAACCGCCGCAGUUCGUCCUGAUUAACCACUCGCUUCCCCGCCUCAGGCCGAGCGGAGGCGGAGGACGCCAUCUUUGCGACCGGACCCGAAGCGAUUCUGGCUUCCGUCCCGCCGACGCCUGAUGACGUCACUUCCUGUCCGGGCGCGGAUUGGUUGAGACUCAGGAGCGUGAGCCGUGGCGGCAGGGUUUCCCUCAGAAUAGCAGCUGAGGCCGCUUUAGGCGGAGGCGGCGGGGCUCUCUUUCUACUGUCUGGCCAUGGCUGCGAUUAAAGCCAUAAACUCCAAGGCUGAGGUGGCCCGGGCCCAGGCGGCCUUGUCAGUCAAUAUAUGCGCCACCCGAGGGCUGCAGGAUGUGCUGCGGACCAACUUGGGUCCCAAGGGAACCAUGAAAAUGCUUUCUGGUGCAGGAGACAUCAAACUCACCAAAGAUGGCAACGUACUGCUCCAUGAGAUGGUUCUUGCUCAGAAUUCUGGUUAUGACCUGCAGGAAACACUAGUAAAAGUUCAGGUUGAGCAUUCAGAAUCAAAACAACCUGUUGGCAUAGAUUUGAAUACAGGUGAGCCAAUGGUAGCAGCAGAUGCAGGAGUUUGGGAUAAUUAUUGUGUGAAAAAACAACUUCUUCACUCUUGCACAGUGAUUGCCACCAACAUUCUCCUGGCUGAUGAAAUUAUGCGAGCUGGUAUGUCUUCUCUCAAAGGGUGAUUGAGUUCAAAAUCAACUCUUCUAGAAGCUGAGACUUAGCACAUCUUACAUCCAACUACCAUUAUAGAGCCUGAGCCAUUCUUAAUUUUUACACAAUAAAUGCAGUUUAUAUUUGGUGGUCUUAUAAGUCUCGAAAGUAUUUCAUCAAGGUAUAAA